UGACUUUAUUCAACAAAUCAUAAAGAUAUUGGAACAUUAUAUUUUAUUUUUGGAAUUUGAGCAGGAAUAGUAGGAACUUCUUUAAGUUUAUUAAUUCGAGCAGAAUUAGGUAAUCCUGGAUCUUUAAUUGGAGAUGAUCAAAUUUACAAUACUAUUGUCACAGCUCAUGCUUUUAUUAUAAUUUUUUUUAUAGUUAUACCAAUUAUAAUUGGUGGAUUUGGUAAUUGACUUGUACCUUUAAUAUUAGGAGCCCCUGAUAUAGCUUUCCCUCGAAUAAAUAAUAUAAGUUUUUGAUUACUCCCCCCUUCCCUAACUUUACUUAUUUCAAGAAGAAUUGUAGAAAAUGGAGCAGGAACAGGAUGAACAGUUUAUCCCCCACUUUCAUCUAAUAUUGCACAUGGAGGAAGAUCAGUAGAUUUAGCUAUUUUUUCUUUACAUUUAGCUGGAAUUUCAUCUAUUUUAGGAGCAAUUAAUUUUAUUACUACUAUUAUUAAUAUAAAAUUAAAUAAUUUAUCUUUUGAUCAAAUACCAUUAUUUAUUUGAGCUGUAGGAAUUACUGCAUUUUUACUAUUAUUAUCACUACCAGUUUUAGCAGGUGCUAUUACUAUACUUUUAACAGAUCGAAACCUUAAUACAUCUUUUUUUGAUCCUGCUGGAGGAGGUGAUCCUAUUUUAUAUCAACAUUUAUUUUGAUUUUUUGGACAUCCAGAAGUAUAUAUUUUAAUUUUACCAGGAUUUGGUAUAAUUUCUCACAUUAUUUCUCAAGAAAGAGGAAAAAAAGAAACAUUUGGUUGUUUAGGGAUAAUUUAUGCUAUACUAGCUAUUGGAUUAUUAGGAUUUAUUGUAUGAGCUCAUCAUAUAUUUACAGUUGGUAUAGAUAUUGAUACUCGAGCUUAUUUUACAUCAGCUACUAUAAUUAUUGCAGUACCAACAGGAAUUAAAAUUUUUAGUUGAUUAGCUACUUUUCAUGGAACUCAAAUUAACUAUUCCCCAUCUAUUUUAUGAAGUUUAGGAUUUGUAUUUUUAUUUACUGUUGGAGGAUUAACAGGAGUAAUCUUAUCUAACUCUUCUAUUGAUAUUACAUUACAUGAUACAUAUUAUGUAGUAGCCCAUUUUCAUUAUGUAUUAUCUAUGGGAGCAGUAUUUGCUAUUUUAGGGGGAUUUAUUCAUUGAUAUCCUUUAUUCACUGGAUUAUCUUUAAAUCCUUAUUUAUUAAAAAUUCAAUUCAUCACAAUAUUUAUUGGAGUAAAUUUAACCUUUUUCCCUCAACAUUUUUUAGGGUUAGCAGGAAUACCUCGACGAUACUCUGAUUACCCAGAUUCUUAUAUUUCUUGAAAUAUUAUUUCAUCUUUAGGAUCUUAUAUUUCUUUAGUAGCCAUUAUAAUAAUAUUAAUUAUUAUUUGAGAAUCUUUAAUUAAUCAACGAAUUGCUUUAUUUACAUUAAAUUUACCCUCAUCAAUUGAAUGAUACCAAAACUUACCUCCAGCAGAACAUUCAUAUAAUGAACUACCUAUUUUAAGUAACUUCUAAUAUGGCAGAUUAUAUGUAAUGGAUUUAAACCCCAUUUAUAAAGGAUUAUCCUUUUUUUAGAAAUGGCAACAUGAUCAAAUUUUAAUUUACAAAAUGGAGCAUCCCCCUUAAUAGAACAAAUUAUUUUCUUUCAUGAUCAUACUUUAAUUAUUCUUAUUAUAAUUACAAUUUUAGUUGGUUAUUUAAUAACAAAUUUAUUUUUUAAUAAAUAUAUUAAUCGAUUCUUAUUAGAAGGACAAAUAAUUGAAUUAAUUUGAACUAUUUUACCAGCAAUUACUUUAAUUUUUAUUGCUUUACCAUCAUUACGAUUAUUAUAUUUAUUAGAUGAACUAAAUAAUCCCUUAAUUACCUUAAAAUCAAUUGGCCAUCAAUGAUAUUGAAGUUAUGAAUAUUCAGAUUUUCAUAAUAUUGAAUUUGAUUCAUAUAUAAUCCCUUCUAAUGAAAUAAAUUCUAAUAGAUUUCGAUUAUUAGAUGUUGAUAAUCGAAUUGUUUUACCUAUAAAUAACCAAAUUCGAAUUAUAGUUACAGCAACAGAUGUAAUCCACUCUUGAACUAUCCCAUCAUUAGGGGUAAAAGUAGAUGCAAACCCCGGACGUCUUAAUCAAACUAAUUUUUUCAUUAAUCGACCUGGAAUUUUUUAUGGUCAAUGUUCAGAAAUUUGUGGAGCUAAUCAUAGAUUUAUACCUAUUGUAAUUGAAAGAAUUUCAAUUAAAAAUUUCAUUAAUUGAAUUAAUAAUUAUUCUUCAUUAGAUGACUGAAAGCAAGUACUGGUCUCUUAAACCAUUUUAUAGUAAAUUAGCAAUUACUUCUAAUGAUUUUAAAGAAUUAGUUAAAUUUAUAACAUAAAUAUGUCAAAUUUAAAUUAUUACUAAGUAAUAUUCUUUUAUCCCACAAAUAAUACCAAUUAAUUGAUUAAUUUCAUUUAUUUUUUUUAUUAUAAUUUAUUUAAUUUUUAAUAUUAUAAAUUACUAUAUUUUCAACAAUAAAAAUAUUAAUAAAAAUAAUAAUUCUAAAAAUAAAAUCAAAAAUUUCAAUUGAAAAUGAUAAGUAAUUUAUUUUCAAUUUUUGACCCCUCUACUAAUUUAUUUAAUAUUCCAUUUAAUUGAAUUAGAACAAUUUUAGGAAUUAUAUUUAUUCCAUACUCAUUUUGAUUAAUUCCUAACCGACAUUUUUUUUUAUGAAAUUUUAUUUUAUUAAAACUACAUAAUGAAUUUAAAACUUUAUUAAAAAAUAAUUAUUUCCAAGGAUCAACCUUUAUUUUUAUCUCCAUAUUUACUUUUAUCUUAUUUAAUAAUUUUUUAGGACUAUUCCCCUAUAUUUUUACAAGAACUAGUCAUUUAACAUUAUCAUUAUCAAUUUCUUUACCUUUAUGAUUAAGAUUUAUAAUUUAUGGUUGAUUAAAUAAUUCUCAACAUAUAUUUAUCCAUAUAAUUCCUCAAGGAACACCUUCUAUUUUAAUACCAUUUAUAGUAUUAAUUGAAACUAUUAGAAAUAUUAUUCGACCUGGAACUUUAGCUGUACGAUUAACAGCUAAUAUAAUUGCUGGACAUUUACUAAUAACCCUUUUAAGAAAUAAUGGAUGUAAUAUAAGAUCAUAUUUUAUUGUAAUUCUUGUUAUAAUUCAAAUUUUAUUAUUAAUUUUAGAAUCAGCAGUUGCGGUUAUUCAAUCUUAUGUAAUUGCAAUUUUAAGUACAUUAUAUUCUAGUGAAGUAAAUUAA